CGAAUAGGGGCCAGACCGUAAUUUGUCGCAUCUAAAUAGAAAAUGAUUGCAAAUUUAAAUUCUUACGAUUCAAUCUAUAAACAAGAUAGAUGCGUGUUUGUUUCUUUAAACUUGCUGGUUUUAUUGCGAGUUAUCGAAUUUUAUUAUUAUCCAAAAAAGACAAAUAUUCGUGCUGUUUACUGUGUUCAAUUCCAUAUCUAAAUGAGAUGUCUAGAACUUAAGUGAUUUUGGAAAAUUUUAUAAUCAGUUUGUGGUUGGUGAGAAAUGACCAUGUUGCACUCUGAAGAAAGUAUAAACGAGAAUAAUAAAAGUGCCCGAAGAAGAAAAACUGGGGUUUACAAAUUGGAACCAAAUGAUAAUGUCGUGUUUGAGAACCACAGGUUCCUUAGCACACUGGCUAUUGGAAAAAGGAAAAUUUCCGAAGAACUUUUACCGCCGGGAUCACACGGCAUCUUUCGGCAAAAACAGUCAUCAUGCGACCAUCACUUGACGUUUAGCGGAUACGCAAGAGCGGCAAAACAUUCGAUCGGUAAUAUCGGAAACAUUCUGUCAAGAAAGAUGGCGGCGUCGACUUCACAACCGUCAAUUCCCUGGCCAAAUACUAAGGAUGAUUACGAAUUGGGAAAAGUUAUCGGUGUGGGGGCCACAGCAACAGUACAUCAAGCCUAUUGCAAGCCAAGGAAUGAAAAAUGUGCCAUAAAAAAGAUAAACCUUGAAAAAUGGAACACCUCAAUGGACGAGCUAUUAAAAGAGAUACAGGCAAUGUCUAGCUGUAAUCACGAAAAUGUGGUAACUUACUACACCAGUUUUGUUGUUCGGGAUGAACUGUGGCUUGUGCUGAGACUUCUAGAAGGUGGAAGUUUAUUAGAUAUCAUUAGGCACAAGAUGAAAGCAUCAAAUUGUAAACAUGGUGUUUUUGAUGAAGCCACAAUAGCUACUGUUUUAAGAGAGGUGCUUAAAGGACUUGAAUAUUUUCAUAGUAAUGGUCAAAUUCAUAGAGAUAUUAAAGCUGGAAAUAUCUUACUUGGUGAAGAUGGCACAGUUCAAAUUGCUGAUUUUGGUGUUUCUGCCUGGUUGGCCACAGGCAGAGAUUUAUCCAGGCAAAAAGUAAGGCACACUUUUGUUGGAACCCCCUGUUGGAUGGCUCCUGAAGUUAUGGAACAGGACCAUGGUUACGAUUUUAAAGCAGAUAUAUGGUCGUUUGGCAUCACCGCCAUCGAAAUGGCCAGUGGUACCGCCCCUUACCAUAAAUAUCCGCCCAUGAAGGUACUUAUGUUGACCUUGCAGAACGACCCGCCGAAUCUUGACACCGGUGCUGAAGACAAAGAUCAAUAUAAGGCUUACGGAAAAACGUUUAGAAAAAUGAUCACUGAUUGUUUGCAAAAAGAAGCCUCCAAAAGACCGACUGCUUCUGAAUUACUAAAGCAUCCAUUUUUUAAAAAGGCCAAGGAUAAGAGGUAUUUGCAGCAAACGCUUGUUGCAAUUGGACCCAGUCUUGAAACAAGAGUCCAAAAGGCUUCGAAAAGGCAACCCGGCGCCUCCGGUCGCCUUCACCGGAAGGAAACCGGCGAAUGGGUUUGGUCGAGCGAGGACGAAGCCGACGACGGCGCCUCUAGCGAGAGCGAUUCGGAAUCGAAGCCGAUGAACACGCUCGUGUCAGCCGGAAGUUCCGGUUCCGAUCACGAGAGCAGCGAAGGCGACGCGCCACCCAUUAACUUAGUAUUAAGAAUGAGAAAUUCUAAAAGGGAAUUAAACGACAUCAGGUUUGAAUUUGCGGUUGGUAAAGAUUCAGCCGAGGGAAUCGCUUCGGAAUUGGUCGGAGCUGGCCUCGUCGACGGUAGAGAUAUACAAGCUAUAACUCAUAAUCUGCAGAAGCUGAUUGAAACGAGAGACACAAAAAAAGUAGUUACUUUUCCUUUGAACUCUGGAGUAAGUAAUCAGGAGACGCCUGACGAUAAGGCUUUGAUAGGUUUUGCACAAAUAUCAAUCACGGACUGAAUAAGACUGACUGCGUCUUCUGUAAGCAUCCCAUUUUUUCUCCUGGAAUCUACUGAUCAUUGUACAUAUAAUGUAGAUAGUUUUAAUAAAUCGAUUCCAACACGGUUUUUAUUUACAAUUACGCAAAUCAGCUACACUUUCAUUUAUUAUUUUUGAAAAUGUUAUAUUAUUAUGUUGUUUUUAUGAUGCAUUGGUGUUUUAAAAAAAGUUUUUAAUGCAGGAAAAUAUAUUCUGUAUAAUUGAUUUUAAUGUUUUCUUGCCGUAUUUUUAAUAGCUUUUUUAGAGUUGGGUAGCUACAAUUAUCCAACUUCAGUUUUUAAUAUGAUCAUUAGAUUUCAAGUUAUUGUACUUAAAUAGUUUUGAAAGGCAGGUACACAAGUGGACAGUUAUUGCAUAAUUUAUUAUGAAUUAUGAUUCAAAAAAUAUAUUAACUGCAUCUAUUGAAAUUAUUUUAUUUUAUAAUUGUCUAUGUUGUGUAUCUUUUUUGAAAGUGUAUUCUUGAUAUUUUUUAGAUUUGCUAUUCCUGUUCUUUAUUCCAAAUAUUUUCAUUAACAAUUUAGCUUUUAAGUAAACCAAAUUGCCUUUUUAGAAAUGUAAUUCGUAUUAGAUUUGGGUAAAAUUUAAAAGCUAUACCUAAACGUCAGUUAAAAAUUAAUAAGUGAAAGGCGAAUUUUUACAUUAACUAAAUUUUACAUUUUUAACAUAUUCAUGAAGUAAACAUUUUAUUUUACCAAAAUAAUAUUAUAU